AUGUCCGGCUCCGCUGCCCAAAGACCCAGCCAUUCCUCUACUUCGGACGAGAAGUGGCCUUCGCCGAAAGGGUACUUCGGACAAGAAGGCGGAGCGUACCAGGCGCCGGAGAAGACGGCCAAGAAGAAGGGCAAGGAGACCAGAAGUGGCCUUCGCCGAAAGGCUUCAGCCAAGGACGCGGAAGUUUCCGAACUCCAGCGAAAACAGAAGCUGGCUGAUGAUGAGAUCGACUGUAUUAACAAGCGGUUCGAUGAGGCCCAAGGCACUGCGACCCAGGUCGAGACCCUCAAGAGUACCCUUGCCGAAGCCAAAGAGGAGGCGAGGGCGAGCAAAGCGGCCGCUGACAAAGUGGCUGCAGAUCUAGAGGCCGAGCAGGUUACCCGUCGUAAGUGUGAGGCGCGGGUGACUGAAGUGGAGCAGGUGCUCCAAGAUGCCGCCAACAAGUGCGGGGCCCUGCAGGAGCAAAAUAAGGCCCAGGCAGCUGAAAUCGCCAAGGCCCUCCAAGAGGACAAGGAGGCGCGGUCCGAGUCCCGGGCGGCUCGCGAGGAGAUCAAGCAAGCCGAAAAAUAG